GGUUGUCUGAUAUUUGUGUCAAAAUAAUUCUUCCAUUGAGAAAACUUUUGUAACCAAGAACUAUGACAGCUGCAGAGAACGUGUGUUACACCUUAAUCAAUGUUCCGAUGGAUUCAGAACCACCUUCUGAAAUCAGCUUAAAAAAUGACCUAGAAAAAGGAGAUGUCAAGUUGAAGACAGAGGCCUUGAAGAAAGUAAUCAUUAUGAUUCUGAAUGGUGAAAAACUACCUGGGCUUUUGAUGACCAUUAUACGUUUUGUAUUGCCUCUCCAAGAUCAUACCAUCAAAAAACUGCUGCUUGUCUUUUGGGAGAUAGUGCCAAAGACCACUCCAGAUGGCAGGCUCUUGCAAGAAAUGAUCCUUGUAUGCGAUGCAUACAGAAAGGAUCUUCAGCACCCAAAUGAAUUUAUCCGAGGCUCUACUCUCCGUUUUCUUUGUAAGCUGAAAGAAGCAGAACUGUUGGAGCCUUUGAUGCCAGCCAUUCGUGCAUGUCUAGAACAUCGUCACAGCUAUGUGCGCAGAAAUGCCGUUCUUGCAAUUUACACAAUUUAUAGAAAUUUUGAACAUCUUAUACCUGAUGCUCCUGAAUUGAUCCAUGAUUUCUUGGUGAAUGAGAAAGAUGCAAGCUGCAAAAGAAACGCAUUUAUGAUGCUAAUUCAUGCAGAUCAGGAUCGAGCUUUGGAUUAUUUGAGUACCUGUAUUGACCAAGUCCAGACAUUUGGUGACAUACUGCAGUUGGUUAUUGUUGAACUAAUUUAUAAGGUCUGUCACGCGAAUCCAUCAGAGAGAGCUCGGUUUAUUCGCUGCAUCUACAACUUACUGCAGUCAUCGAGUCCUGCAGUGAAGUAUGAAGCUGCAGGUACUCUAGUUACACUCUCCAGUGCACCAACAGCAAUCAAGGCAGCUGCCCAAUGCUACAUAGAUUUGAUUAUUAAAGAAAGUGAUAAUAAUGUGAAACUGAUUGUUUUGGAUCGGUUGAUUGAAUUAAAGGAGCAUCCCUCCCAUGAACGAGUGUUACAGGACCUAGUUAUGGACAUCCUCAGAGUGUUGAGUACCCCAGAUCUAGAAGUGCGUAAAAAAACCCUUCAACUGGCUCUGGAUCUCGUCUCUUCAAGAAAUGUGGAGGAGCUUGUGAUUGUUCUGAAGAAGGAAGUGAUUAAAACUAAUAAUGUUACAGAGCAUGAAGAUACAGACAAGUAUAGACAGCUGCUUGUUCGUACAUUGCAUUCCUGUAGUGUUCGGUUUCCAGAUAUGGCUGCAAAUGUUAUCCCAGUGCUGAUGGAGUUCCUUAGUGAUAAUAAUGAAGCGGCAGCUGCUGAUGUCUUGGAGUUUGUGCGGGAAGCGAUCCAGCGAUUUGAUAACCUCAGACCUCUUAUUGUUGAGAAGAUGCUUGAAGUCUUUCACGCUAUUAAAUCUGUCAAGAUUUAUCGAGGAGCUUUAUGGAUCCUUGGAGAAUAUUGCAGCACAAAAGAAGAUAUACAAAGUGUAAUGACAGAAGUUCGCAGAUCACUUGGAGAGAUCCCAAUAGUAGAAUCGGAAAUCAAGAAAGAAGCUGGUGAGCUAAAACCUGAAGAAGAGGUGUCUGUGGGUCCAGCCCAAAAACUGGUGACAGAGAUGGGCACUUACGCAACACAGAGUGCUCUCAGUAGUUCCCGACCUGCCAAAAAGGAAGAAGACAGACCUCCGUUACGAGGAUUCCUGCUUGAUGGUGACUUCUUUGUUGCAGCUUCUCUUGCUACAACUUUAACUAAGAUUGCUUUACGAUAUGUGUCGCUCGUUCAGGAAAAGAAGAAGCAAAAUUCCUUUAUUGCUGAAGCUAUGCUGCUGAUGGCCACUAUUCUCCAUUUGGGAAAGUCCUCUCUUCCCAAGAAGCCGAUUACAGAUGACGACGUGGAUCGUAUUUCCUUAUGUCUGAAAGUUUUGUCAGAAUGUUCUCCUCUCAUGAAUGAUAUUUUCAACAAAGAAUGCAGGCAGUCCCUCUCUCAUAUGCUGUCAGCCAAGCUAGAAGAGGAGAAACUUUCCCAGAAGAAAGAAUCUGAGAAGAGGAAUGUGACUGUUCAGGCAGACGAUCCCAUUUCCUUCAUGCAGCUUACUGCUAAAAAUGAAAUGAGCUCAAAAGAAGACCAGUUUCAGCUUAGCCUUCUUGCAGCAAUGGGAAACACACAGAGGAAAGAGGCUGCUGAUCCCCUUGCAUCCAAACUUAAUAAGGUUACUCAACUGACAGGUUUCUCAGACCCCGUCUAUGCAGAAGCGUAUGUCCAUGUCAAUCAGUAUGACAUUGUGCUGGAUGUGCUUGUGGUCAACCAGACCAGUGAUACUCUGCAGAACUGCACAUUAGAACUAGCUACGCUAG